GCAAUCUCUGCUUCAUUUGAGGAUGAACAUUAGCGCAAAAGUAGACAGCGACCUGCUGUUUAUAAACUUUAACCAGGAUUUCAGGUAGGCGCAUCUCAAUGCAUAUACGCAGUUGCUGAAUUUCGCCUUCAAUUUUCCUUGCUGGCUGCUAAACUCGCUUGUCUGCCUUGUAGCUGCUUGUCGGUGGGGACAAAGAACGGGUACAAGAUAUACAACUGCGAGCCGUUUGGGAAAUGUUAUGCGCGGUCCGAGGGCGGCAUUGGGCUGGUGGAAAUGCUGUUUUGCACGUCGCUGGUGGCACUGGUGGGCUCGGGUGACCAGCCUGCAUUGUCGCCGCGGCGGCUGCAAAUAAUUAACACAAAGCGGCAGUCGAUAAUCUGUGAGCUGACGUUCCCAACCACUAUUCUGGCGGUGAAGCUGAACCGCCGGCGCCUUAUAGCGGUUCUGGAGGAGCAGAUAUACGUGUACGACAUCAGCAACAUGAAGCUCCUGCAUACCAUCGAGACGCCGCCGAACCCGAGCGCAAUCUGUGCCAUGUCGCCCAGCAGCGAGAACUGCUUUAUCGCGUAUCCGACGCCGGCGUCAGUCAGCGUGCCGCCCAGCAAGCCUGGCGGGGCGGUGGAGAUUCCAGCGACCACCGAUGUGAUGGUGUUUGAUGCCAACUCGUGCGAAGCCAUCAACAUCAUCCAGGCCCACAAGAGCCCGAUCUCGUACCUGGCCAUGAACCGCGAGGGGACCAUGCUGGCCACCGCGAGCGACAAGGGUACGGUUAUCCGUGUGUUUUCGCUGCCGGGCGCCCAGAAGAUUGCGCAGUUCCGGCGUGGUGCGUACCCGGCCAAGAUCCACUCGAUCACCUUCAAUGCCACGUCGACGCUGCUGCUGGUCUCGUCAGACACCGACACCGUGCAUAUCUUCCGCGUCGCCGACGGCCGCAACCGCUCGUCAAAGAAACAUGGCGGCUCGAAUGGGUCGUCGCCCAGCAGCGCGCUGCAUCCGACCGACUCGUACGCCAGCUCGAUUGGGUCGGCCGAGACCGAAGUGUCUGGGUACGAGGGCAGUGGGCGGCAAGCGGACGGCGGGCGGGCGUCGCGGCGCUCCAAUGGCCGGCAGGGCCAGGCGCCGUUCGAGGGCAUGCUGCGCCGCGCGUCGUGGAAGGGCCUGGUGAGCAGCAAGAUUGUGGGCAAGGCUGCGCAGCUCAUGCCCGAUAUGCUGUCGGAGAUGUGGGAGCCGUCGCGCGACUUUGCGUUCCUGAAGCUGCCAAAGUCCAACAUCCAGAGUAUUGCCGCCAUGAUGAGCUCGUGUCCGCAAAUCAUGGUGGCCACGUCCGACGGGUACUUUUACCAGUACAGCAUUGACCUGGACAAAGGCGGCGAAUGUGUGCUGCUGAAGCAGGACUGUCUGCUGGACAGCGCCGAGGAGCUGGGGGCCUAUGCCAGCUAAUACUUUCUUCCUUUUUGUACUCAAUAGCGCUCUUUUUUAAUUACUCUUCGAAAUCCUCAAUGAACUGCGCAAACUGCUCUGGCAGAUCGC